CACCCGGCCACCCUCCAGUUCUGCCGUCCCCUCUGGAGCUUCUGGAGGGGUCAAUGGGCAGACUUCCGCGGCGGACCCUGGGUCUAGCCCCGGGAACCCUCACGGUCCUCCUUAAGGAGCUUCCGCGGCCGAGGGUAGAGGCGGGUGUUUUGUUCGUAUAAGGAGGAAAAGUUUUUGUGACAUCCAGGAAAUGAGUAACUCCGCAGCCCUUUAGAGCCCCGCUGAUGGAGGCCAGAAGGCGGGAGCCGGCCGGGGUAUCGCCGCCCCGGUCUCUCUAAUUGCCCGGCAGGACGCUCCGCCGCAGCCGCCGCCAAGCAGCCGCGUCUGGGCCCUGGGGACCCGCCUGGGCUCGGCGGUCCUUCCCGCGACGGGGAGCGGGGACAAAGGCUACACAGUCUGUCCUCUUAACACCUUGCACACGGAGUCGAUCUUUCUGGUUGGUUCAGAAUUUUGAACCUUGCCUGCCCCAGUACGAGGAGGCCUUUCCUGUAUAGCCCUUCAUUCUCCAGCAAGCACGAGGAUGUACACAGUGGAAAUGCAAAGGCUUCAAAUCUUACCUCUGAGGCCUGAAUGUGUCUGCCUACUGAAUUCUGCUGCUGCCAGACCUCCCUCCCCCUCAGCCCUCAUGAUUCCUGCUGACACGUCCAGCUGUGUACAGGGUGGAGUCACAUCUGAGCAGCAGGCUUUGCACAAGUGUGGCGACUCAGGUCAUCUACAUCCUGCCGCUUGCCAGGUAGAACCUGCAGAGGUGUCUUUCCCUGGUGAUGAAUACUUGCUCCUUGGCACCAUUAGGGAAAGCUCCAGCCAUGGCACUGGGGCUCUUCCGGGUGUGUCUGGUGGUGGUGACUGCCAUCAUCAACCACCCACUGCUGUUCCCUCGGGAGAACGCCACAGUCCCCGAGAAUGAGGAGGAGAUCAUCCGCAAGAUGCAGGCGCACCAGGAGAAGCUACAGCUGGAGCAGCUGCGCCUGGAGGAGGAGGUGGCGCGACUGGCGGCCGAGAAGGAGGCCCUGGAGCCCGUGGCGGAGGAAGGCCAGCAGCAGAACGAGAGCCGCGUGGCCUGGGACCUGUGGAGCACCCUCUGCAUGAUCCUUUUCCUGGUGAUCGAGGUGUGGCGGCAGGACCACCAGGACGGGCCCUCACCCGAGUGCCUGGGUGGGGACGAGGACGAGCUGCCUGGCCUGCAGGGUGCCCCACUCCGGGGCCUCACCCUGCCCAACAAGGCCACGCUCGACCACUUCUAUGAGCGCUGCAUCCGGGGGGCCACGGCUGAUGCAGCCCGCACCCGGGAGUUCGUGGAAGGCUUCGUGGAUGACUUGCUGGAAGCCCUGAGGAGCCUCUGCAACCGGGACACAGACAUGGAGGUGGAAGACUUCAUUGGCGUGGACAGCAUGUAUGAGAACUGGCAGGUGGACAAGCCACUGCUGUGCAACCUCUUUGUACCCUUCAUGCCCCCAGAGCCCUUCCACUUCCACCCAGAGCUCUGGUGCUCCAGCCGCUCGGUGCCCUUGGAUCGCCAGGGCUACGGCCAGAUCAAGGUGGUCCGGGCCGACGAGGAUACACGGGGCUGUAUCUGCGGCAAGACCAAGCUCGGGGAAGACAUGCUGUGUCUCCUUCAUGGCAAGAACAACUUGGUGCAGCCUGGCAGGGAGGUGAAAGACCCACUGUGUGCCAGAGAUUCCCCAUACCUGGACACGAUGCAGGUCAUGAAGUGGUUCCAGAUGGCCCUCACCAGAGCCUGGCACCGCAUCGCCCACAAGUACGAGUUCGACCUGGCCUUUGGCCAGCUGGAAACCCCAGGGUCCCUCAAGAUCAAGUUCCGCUCAGGGAAGUUCAUGCCCUUUAACCUGAUCCCUGUGAUCCAGUGUGACGACUCGGACCUGUACUUCGUCUCCUACCUUCCCCGGGAGCCCUCCGGGGGGACCCCGGCGUCCAGCACUGACUGGCUCCUGUCCUUCGCUGUCUACGAGCGACACUUCCUCAGGAUGACCUCAAAGGCGCUGCCCGAGGGUGCCUGCCACCUCAGCUGCUUGCAGAUCGCCUCCUUCCUGCUCUCCAAGCAGAGCCGUCUCACCGGCCCCAGCGGGCUUGGCAACUACCACCUGAAGACCGCCCUGCUGCACCUCCUGCUCGCCCGGCGAGCCGCCGACUGGAAGGCUGGGCAGCUGGAUGCUCGUCUGCAGGAGCUGCUCUGCUUCCUGGAAAAGAGCCUGCUCGAGAAGAAGCUCCAUCACUUCUUCAUCGGCAACCGCAAGGUGCCCGAGGCCAUGGGCCUGCCUGAGGCCGUGCGCAGGGCCGAGCCCCUCAACCUCUUCCGGCCCUUCGUCCUGCAGCGCCGUCUCUACCGGAAGACAGUGGACUCCUUCUAUGAGAUGCUCAAGAAUGCCCCGGCGCUCAUUAAUGAGUACUCCGUACACAUCCCCUCAGACCAUGCCAGCCUGCCCCAAAAAGCUGUCAUCUUGUAGACCAUCAGGGACCUUGAGGGCCAGAAUGCAGGGCAGCCCCUGUGUCCAUGGCCCUGGGGGCACCUGCAAGCCCUGUCCUGGGAAAGUGGCGGGCCUUGUCGGGAGCUCGGCUCAGCCUGUGGGGAAGCCAGGCCCUGUGGUGCAGAGGAGACAAUUCCAAGCCAGAAGCUGGUUUGCUUUCAGGCCAUUGGGCCUGUGGGUGACGUGACUGUCUGGGUUUGGGGACUGAUCCUUUGCAGUUUACUGUUGGAUCACCGCGAAUGGCCAAGAUGAUGACAGAACACUUCAUGGACACUGAGUUAGAGACAAUGCAAACAUCGAUUUGGGUGUAAUUCUUGUUACAUCCCAGGUCCCAUCUUUACUUGAAUGUCAACAGAGGAUCUACAGGAAUGCUGGCAGAAACCCGUGUUAAGACGCUGCACCCUGAUUUCCAGUAACCCUUGGCCCCAAGCAUCUGCAACCAAAGCACUAAUGGGUUCAGAUAUGGGAAUUUGCAACCUUCCAUCCACAGCCUGCACAAUAGGGAUCCCACAGUGGCUGCAGGUUUUUAUAUUACUUGGAGACAAGACCUACUAGAGAUUCAAGGCCCCAGGUGGCUAAUGUCUCUGUUGCACAGAAGUGGGUACUUGGUGGCAGAGAGAAGUUUCAGCUGGCUGCCUUUUCAGCUAUACAUCUCACUCAGGGUGCACCCCCUUCUCCCAACCUCUUCCCCCAGCACGCUGUGUUCUGAGCCCCCUGGGUGCCACAUACCAUGCCGGGUACAAGCUUAGCAGCCCCUCACCCCUCUUUAUUCUCUCCACGGCUGGUGUCUCUGACCAUCCAUAUGGUGGGGGAGGGCAGACGCUGCAGGGGCAAGCUGCUGGAGAGGAGCGGGGUGACUGGGGUGAAGGACAGAGCCUGGUGGCCAGGGUGCUGGCGUCUGGUUUGCAGCGUGGCCUCUGAUGCCCAGUUACAGAGAAAGCUGCAGAGCUGAGAGGUGAGGGAUGCCAUAGCCCUGAGUUUUCCUCAGGGUCCCAGUCCUAGAGCAGGGCAUACCUUUAAGCAGGAGCUGCCGUGGAAACCCAGCCCCAUCUGCAGGCCCCAAGACCCCCUCGGCUGUUCAUGCCAGUGGGACUCCCUCACUGCACAGAACCCCCCUUUCUGGAUGGGCCUUUGCUGGCCGCACAGAUGACCAAGACCCGAAGAGCCCAAAAGAGGCUCCGCUGGCUGGGAAUAGACAGGGACAGCACUGCAGGCACAGCCUCCAGGCCUCUGAGAGGCCACCUUGGCACUGCUGGGGCUGCAGUCCCUGGGCAGGCGCCAGAGCCUGUGGUUGGAGCUGGCCUCAGUCUCCAGGCCUGGUUCAGGAGGGUUGGGGAGCCGCUCCUCCUCCACUGUGGCUUCACUGGCCCUUAGGGAGUUCCUCUCGGCACUGCCUCAGGAAGCCUUGCAGAGGGCCAAGGAGGCGGCGAGAGCAAGCGUACCGGCACUGCCACCUGGCUCUCCCCCCAGGGGUUGAGCUGGCCAUGCCUCUCAGACAGCGUACCUGGUUCCACGGGGUGUCAGGCUCACCACGGACUGAAGAAAAGAUCCUGUCCCUACCCCAGGAGUGCUCUCACCUAACCUCAGUGUAAGAUGGACAGUUUGCCCGGCAGGGUGAAUUCAUGGGAGCCUCAGCUGUGACUGGGCACUGAAGCCUGUAGGAAGCUUCCCAUGUGAGCUGGAGUUAGACCGAGCAGUGCCCGGGUCUGCGCUUCCCCAGGCCCACAGAGGCCACCGGGCACCCCGGGAACCAUCCCGCCCAUGUGGUCUCCAACAAGAGCCCCGAGCCCCACAUUCUGUUGGGAUUCAUUUCCAGAGUCGAAGUGAACUUCCUUAUUUAUUAUCUCUGUGCCUUUCCUUUCCCCUCUUCCUCCUUAUUCUCGUUGUGCUUGGAAGAGACCCCAGCAACCAAGAACCAGCCUCAGAAGCCAAGACCAAGCCUGAACCCCCCUCGGCUUCCCCGUUGCUUCCGGGAGAAAGUUCACGGGAAAAAUACCUUCUGGCCUCUUGUUUGUUCAGAGAUGACAGAGCUCAGCGGGGAGAUGGGGAUCCUUUUAUGCACCAGAGCUGCUGCUGAAGCAGAAAGCAGCAGGGCUCCUGGUGUUUCUGGCUGCCUUAUUUAUAUUAAAUUCUUGCAAGGAGUA